CACACAUCACACGGAGCCCCCGAACAAAUGAUAAUAACUCAACUAAACUCGCGAGUAAGCCCCUCUCUCCUCUUCCCAAAUAGGCAGGAGAAAAAAGAAAAAGACGAAAUUGGAAAAUAAAAAAAGAGGACCGAAAUUAGAAAGCGAGAGGGGUUGUCGAAGAGAGAGAAAAGGGGGGAAACGAGAGAGAGAGAGAGAGAGAGAGAGAGACAGAGAGAGUAUUUUUUUGCUCUGCUGCUUCGAUCGAUCCAUCGCCUUCGUCAUCCAAUUCGACGGGAUUCGAAUCCAACUUCCAACUCCGAACUUCGAAAGGUCAGCUCAAACCCUUUCUUUUCUUUCUCGCUCUCGUUCUCUGUCUCGAUUGGCGAGGAAUUGCGAACACUCGAGCUUCGAUCCCAUUGAGAUCCACCUUGCCCUGAGCGAAUUCAGGAUCGAAGAUCGCUCGUUUCGAUUCGGGAGCUUAAUGAAAGCUCCCUCCAGCUCGGGAUUCGCUUCUAGGGUUUUGAUCGAAUUCCCAAGGUUCGAGCUCGAGAUCUUGGUUCUAGGGUUUUGAUUUUUGAAACAUGUGUUUUCGCCCUACAUUGCCCUGGCCAAAGGGCAAAAGCUUUAGUCUUUGACAAAACCCGGAAACGAAUUGUCUCAAUUUACUUGAUCUUACAAGAAUUUUUUUUGGAUUUUUUGUAUGGCCGCUGUUUGAUAAGAGAAAUGAGCUCUCGAAUCAAUCUCGGGGAUUUGAAGUCCCAGAUAACUAAGCGGGUGGGUACAGAUCGAGCUGAACGUUACUUCAGCUAUUUGAAUAGAUUGCUUUCUCAGAAGUUAAGUAAGCCUGAAUUCAACAAGCUCUGCCUUUUGACUCUCGGACAAGAGAACCUCCCAUUACACAACCAGCUCAUUCUCUCAAUCUUUAAGAAUGCUUGUGAGGCUAAAACCCCGCCUCCGUCCGCUGUUGAUAAGAAUGCUUUGAAAUUGCCUCCAUCGUUGGUGCCUGUUUUGCCCAAUGGGGACCUCUCACCGCCAUCGCCUAGAAGACCCCGAACUGGUGCACGGAGGAUUAAAGAUAGACCAAGCCCUCUUGGGCCCAAUGGAAUUAAAGCUCCUCAUGAUGAGGCUGUCUUCAGGGAGAAUGGUGACUUGGGCUUGUGUGAUUUGAAAAGACCGGUGCAGCAUCAAGAUGAUAGGAUGGCAGAGCAGCCAGCAAAGAGGUCCCGAAUGGCAGAGGACCAGUCGCUGAGAUUGGUCAAUGUGGUUGAUGUGGAUGGGGAAAGAGAGGAUUCUGAUCAGAGGAAUAAUUUGAAGCCAGUGGCUAAAGGGCCCCUUCGGGCUCCUCUUGGUAUCCCUUUCUGUCCUCCGAGUGUUGGAGGGGCUCGAAGACCUUUGAAUUUGGCUACGAGCACAGGCCCUGUUAACUUCAAUAGUAACUUUGGAAGUGGUGAAUUGUGUCAUACUGAUGACUUGAGAAGACAGAUGGAGAGAAUAGCAGAAGCACAGGGCUUGACUGGCGUUACUGUGGAGGGUGCUAAUUUAUUGAAUAAUGCUUUGGAUGCUUAUUUGAAAAGACUGAUUAAGUCAUGUACUGAAUUAGUGGGAGCGAGAUCAGCGCGUGGACAAAUGAAGCAGCCUGUCUACAAGCAGCAUCCCCAAGUGAAGCCAAUAAAUGGUGUUUGGCAGGGAAAUCACAUGCAUGUACAAAGUGGUGGCCUGCCUUUGAAUGGUGUACAUGAGCUAACGAACCGCCAUUCUAUAUCUUUACAGGAUUUUAGGGUGGCUAUGGAACUAAGCCCGCAACAACUUGGGGAAGACUGGCCAUUGCAACUUGAAAAGAUUUCCCUAUGUCCAUUUGAAGAAUAAGAUAAGAUCUAAUCAAAUGCUCUGAUUCUGUUCAGCCAAAGGGCUGGUCAAUGUGGGCCGACAAUGGCAGAGGUCGUUCGAUAAAAGAUGUUCAUUGGCAAAACUCGCUGGGGAUUGACCAGCGAACUUUGGGAGAUCCAUGCUCUGACAAGGGCACAUUCUUUUAUACUGUCACACUAUUCAAAGGAAAGAAGAUUUUUUGCCCUGUUUGGUCCAGUCUGUUGUAGCCUCCAUGAAGGGGGCAUCUCCACUAGAAUCAGAUAUCUGAGGUUUUAUGUAAUUUACAGCUAAUCCGGGGAGUCUCCAACAAUGACAGUUUUGCAGGAAUACUUUCUUGUAACUUAUACAGUUAUGCUCUGUAGUUUCGCAGGUCACCAGUGUAUGUAUUAUCAAUUGCGAAAUUGCUUGAAUGAUUUUAGUACCAUCUUCAUGGAAA